ACUCUACUUUAAUCAAUGUAAUGAUGAUGUCAUUCUUGUCUUUUUGGAAGGCAAAUUAACAAAAUAUUUCAAAAAUAGUGAAAAUUCUGAUGGAUACUAUUAUAUCAAAUGAACCAAUAAAAUUAUAUUGAAUCUUUUAAUAAGAUAUAAAAUUAUUUUAAAAUUUAUUUCAAUAUAGUAUGUACAACAUAGAUAUACUUGCUUUUUAGAAACAGCUCUUCCAUUUGCUGAUUUGACAAUACAAAUUUUCAUGACGUGUCUUUAUUACACAGAAAAAGAGGUUAGGCUAAUAUCUAGGGGUUUUACAUAGAUACAAUUUAUUUAAAAAGGUUCUUGUUUACUAUGUUAUAAGAAUUUAGAAUACGUUAAGCAUUAGUGAUAAUGGCGGACCCUACACAACAAAAUGAAGCUAGAUCAGACAAUUACUGUAAAGAUAGAUAUUUCCAUUCCAGUAACAGACCCUACCGCGGCAGGGGUAGAGGUAGAGGUAGAGAUUACAGGGUAGAUAAUGUUGAGCGAGCUCUUAGCGAAUUAGGAGUAAGAGAUCUAAGAGAACACCUUGAUAGAAAACAUCAGAAUGAACAGUCAAAAAGUGGCCCACCAUCAGAUCCAUCUUAUAAUUAUCUAAAAGACCCACUUAGAGAAAAUGAAGAUAAUAGUGCAAAUGUACAAUCAUCUUCUUUAUUGCGCUCACAUAGCUACAGGGGUCGAGGAAGAUCUAGAUAUGAAGAAGAUACAUUUAUACAAAACCCGAUGAAUAUUAAGGUAGAACUGAUUACUUCUACUGGUCAAAGAAGUUGUACAUUAAAUGAAGGUUCCAAAUUAGCGGAUAUAAAACAUAUACCAGAUUAUGAACAUCCUCAACGUGGCGGCUUUGUGAGAAGUAGAAGCUCUAGAGGAAGAGGCAGAGGAAGAUUUAAUAAUGAUCCAUCUGAUGAAGGUGAGAGGAUUAGGUCUAAGAGUAGUGAACGUAGAAGAAACAGUGAAGCUAGGAAUCACAGUAGAAGCAAAAGUGUGGAAAAUAAAGGUAGAAAUAGGGAAACAACGACAAAUAAUUCUGAAUAUAAUCCUAAAUCUACAUCUGAAACUAAUGAUUAUCAAGGGAGAGGAAACGUAAAAACUUCUUCUGAAAUCAUACCUGAAAAUGUUGACUAUAGAGGUAGAGGAAGAAUUUCAUCAUAUACUUCUGAAUUUUUGCCACACAAUCAAAAAUCUAGAGGAUCAUUUGAUAGUAACACCAGAGGGAGGUUCAGGAGUAGAGGAAGACGAUGGGGAGGUAGAAGAGGUAGAGGUAAUCAAAGACCAACAAAAUCUGACAUUGUCCAGCCUGCUAAUACUGAUGUGACUACUGAAGAAAAUUGGGAAGAUGAAGAAAAUACUGAUGGACCUUGUGAGACUAACACAGAGAUUGAAGAUGUUGAAAAUAAUGAUGAGGAAACAAAUCCUCCAGUUAGCUAUUCUGAAGAUAUCAGUAUCGUAGUAAACACAACUAACGAAGGUAAUAUUAAAAAAAGAACUGUUAGAUUCAAUUUGAAUGAAAAUGAAGAUGAAAAAAAUGGAAAUUCAGUACAAGAAAAAGAUGAGGACAAACCUUGCGAAGAUGCUAGUAGCGUUCAGUAAACAACACUUUAAUUUCAAUAUUACCUCUGCAUAUUCUAUUUUUUUUCAAAGUAACUUCAAUAUUAUGUUCUAAAUGUAUUUGAUGCCAUUUUUGAAAACUGUGUACUCCCAUUGUUUUGAGAAAAAAAUGAGUGAUAGUUGGAAAUUGUCCUUAGUUGAAGUAAUAGAAACAAAUAAUAAAAAAUAUGAAUUUUUUUAUCAUAACAUCAUGUAAUAUCAGAGAUAUAUUUCUUUUCAAAAGUUAUAAAUAUUUAAAAUUAGUUUUUUUUAUCAAGUUUUGAAAGUUUUUUUUCAAUUUUAGUUUGGGGUGUAAAAACAUAGAUUUUGAUUAUUUUUUUCUGAAAUAUUUCAAUUUAAAUUUCUGCAUCUUUUAUUUGUGACUUUUUUCAUCUUUCAUGAUUUUUGGUAUAGUUGAUCAUAACAACAAGUAAUAUCAAAGAUAUAUUUGUUUUUAAAAGUUAUAAACAUUUAAAAACAGUUUUUAUUGAUCAAGUCUUGGAAUAUUUUUUUCAAAAUUUAGUUUCUGAUGUAAAUACAUAGAUUUUGAUUGUUCUUUUCUGUUCUUUUCAUUUUCUUUUUCAAUAUUUCAAUUUGAAUUUCUGUAUUUUUUAUUUAUGACCAAUAAAGUUAUGUCAGGACAGUGAUAUAUCACCAGUGGUAUUUUCAAAACAUGAAUAGAGUGAUUUUGGUAUCUACCUCCAUUUUUCUUAUGUACCACAUUUUACGGAAUUUUAAUAAAUUAAAAACAUCAAGUUCCAUAAUUGUAAGUAAAAAUAUGUCUAGUAGACUUUGAGUGUGAUAUUAAUUUUGAUUUAUCGAAGUUUUUAUAGAAGAUUGACAAUAGUCGGCGAAAAAACGAAGUGCCUUCAAGUAUUGAUUUAAACAUUUAGAUAUCUGUAUUUUUAUAAUGAAAUAAAUUAAAAUGUGUUUCAUAGUAAGUCAAUAUUACUUUUUCAGUUUUUGUGAUAUAGACAUAUUUAUAUCUUUAUUUUGAAAUCAAAUUUAUUAAUAAUUGAAGCAACAAUAUAUUUAAUCAGAAUAUUUUAAUUAUAUGUUCGUAUUUGAAUUAUUUAUUGUUUUAAUAUCAAAAACAGUUGAAGUAAACAUAUAAAGGUCAGAAAUAUAAAUAACUGUUUUCAAAGAAGACAAAGCUUUUGACUAAAAGGUUUUUCCUAUGGGUAUUCGUUAUGCAAAAUAAUGUAUAAAGCCUCAAUUUAGAGUUAUAUAAAUUUUUUCUUUGAAGUUUGUACCAUGUUUUCACUUCUUCAAAAACUGAAACGGAAUAUAUUCUAACAAUAUAAACUCAUAAUUUAUUUUUGUUGAAAAUGUAUGUUAUCUUUGAAAAUCUCAUUUUUUAGGUUAUUUAGAUUUGAAUUUUCAUUAUUCUUUUAUCUGUUUUCCACUCUUUUCUCUCCCUUUCUACUUUAUUCAUUUGUCAUACUGUUUUCCCCUUUUUCUUCCUUUUAAUUCUACUUGUUCUAGCCAAGUUUUCCUAGAUCUUCCUCUUCUUAUUUUCUUAUAUCUUUUUGCUUCUGUCACUUUUCAUAUUAUGCUUUAUAGUGCUCUUCUUUAUAUGUGUUUUACCACAAACAUUUUUGUUCCUGUUUGAGUUUAUUAUAAAUAAAAAUUGUAUAAUGGUAAAAAUUUAUUUUAAACAAUAUUGAUUGUGUUAAAAAAAUAUAAAAUCUAGAAGUAAAACUAAUAUUUCCUUUUUAAAUUAAUAUUACUUUUGUAUGUUACUUUUCAAUUUUUUCUAAUUAUCUUCUCUGACAUUUCCCAUUGAUCACUAACAAAAUAAAGCUAUAAAAAAGAAGUUCUUUUAAUAUUGGACGUCAAUUUAAAAAAUAAAAGAUAACAUAGUACAGUAACAUCAUAUUUUCAAUUUAAACUUCGAAUAAAGCAGCUGAAUCUCCAGGAGUCUAAUUAGGAUCUUUUACACAAUUUAUUCUCCUCAAUUCCCUUCUCUUUGGAUCUGUUGGAAAGUAGCACAUAUUCAAACUAACUCCAUUCUUAUUUUUACAUCCAGGAGCCUAACACUUUGGUCUUUUUAACAAAUAUUUCAUCCUAACAGUAAAAUACCAAUUUUUACUCAAUCAGAUUUGUUUACACACAAACACACGCUUACGAUUACAUCACUGAUAGCCGAACAUACUUCUGUGAAAGUUAGGGUACUGAAUAUGACGGAACCAAUCAGAAAGCUACUAAGGAUUGGCCACAUUGUAGCGCUACGUCCGCUGAAUGCGACUAUUAUGGAUAAUCCUUUUCUGUCAUAAGCAGCUGUGAAUUGUCUUUUUUAACUAUUUCUUUUAAAAAAUGUUACUUCAAGUGUGAAAAUAUUAUAUGAAUGAAUGAAUGAAAAUAUUUAGUUUGUAUAGAAUCAAUGAUUUUUUUAUGUUGGUUAUGGAUUUUUUUUAUAAAAGCUUAUACUUUUACCAGGGGUGGAUGAGAAAUCCCCAUCGGGAAUCUUUUGACCACACAAACACAAAGGUAACUUAAACAAAACAAAAAUUGACACGAAAAUUAUUUAUUAUAUUCCGCAGUUAAUAUGAAGGAUACUCGGAAUAACAUGGAUUUUUAAUUAUUCGAUUUGUAAGCAUAUCUGAAUUUUUUUAAGAUAAUGAUGGUAUAUUCUGGGUAUGAUGUUUUGAAAUAGGAUUGCUGGUCAAGUUAGAUGGGGCCGAGAGAGGAGCGUAACUAGCGUUUGGUUUUGACCAGUGUUAAGAUUACUUCUGUGAGAUAGUCGCUCGUGUUGUUGGUCAUAUCAACGAAAAUAUCAAGGUCAUACCGAACCGGAAUGGUACGACGUUCGUUGCUGUUGGGUAUCCAGUCAGGAGAAAUAAGAUGCCCUGGGGUCGACGUAACGCAACACCAAACUGAGUCUAACUGAGUCAAACUGAGUUUCCUUCCAUAGUUGGAAACCAAAAGAUACUGCCAUGCCGAAGGUGCCUGGGGAUUCGGAGUUGAGGCAACGGGACGACUGUAGCAGUUGAUGCCCUGCUAGUAACAUCAUUUUAGGCGGUGGGAUGGGUUGGAAUGGAUUGGCAGAAAUAGCCCUGCUCUGAAAUAGUUGAAAACACUAUGGGUUGCAGCUUGAAAGUUUCGGUGCUAGCUAGAAUGCUGGAAACAGCUUUGAGCAAUGCAAUACAGACAGGGAAUCUCUUCGUAGAGAUUGUAGGUGGCUUCGUCGAUAGUGGCGUUUUAGUAGCCUGGAGCGUGAUCUGCUUCAAAAGUUGGCAGAGGUGGGGAGGAAGGAUAAAGGUGUUGACCCUCUUUGGUCUCAAUAACACCUAGUGCAUUGAGAUAUAGACACACCGGCUAGGGCACGUUGAAAGCGUAGCCGUCGCAUUUAUCCAGGAUCAAGAUAUCUUCGGGAGAUUCAGAAUUCCGAGCCACAACAAAUUAACGCAGUAGUAUUACAAAAAUGUGUGUAAGGUCAGGUUUCAUUUUUCUAGUUGUAAUUAUAAUUCAACAUACAAAUUGAAAGUGCUUCUAUGACUUCUAUUAUGAAAUGAUUGCAAUAGUUCUUAAUGGAAUUUUAAAGUGAGAAGACUUUUUACUAUUUACUACUCUUCAAUUUUUGGCUAUAAUUUCUGUUUCAUGUUGUUGCUUUUCUUCCAAAAAAAUUAAACUUCGUGUUGCAAAAUAAUUACCUUUUAUCAUAUACUAUAUCGAAACUUUUUUUCUUAUAAUAUAAUAUUUCUAGCAUUCACUGUUAAAUUUUCAACUUAAAAUAUUAAAGAUUAAAAAAUUGGGCAUAUCGACUAGCUCAUAUGAAAUGUUUACAAAAGCCUAACGAUCAUUUUUUCAUAAGGUCCGUCCACCCCUGUUUUCUAUUGUGCUAAAAUUGCUAGUUUAGUAUUAUAAUUGGGCUGUUGUUAAAAAGACUCGAGUAUAUUUCACAGAAAGAAUUUAAUUUCGGAAACUUAAGUUAAUUUUUUAAAAAUUGGAAUAAGUUUCUUCAAAUCACUAUCAAAAUAAGUUCAAUUAAAAAUUAAAUUCAAAUUUGAUAAUUGGGUUAUUUUGUAAUAAUAUAAAACAGCUGAUAUAGAGGGGAAAUACUUUACCUACUCUUAUUGUUUAUAGUUGGUAAACAUGUGAUUUGUUUUUAUCUCAUUAUUAUAUUGUUUAUGUUAUGUUAUGAAAUAUAAUAUUGAAAGAUAUUUUUUCCAAAUUAGAUUGAAAACUACAUCAUUUUACCAGUAGUUUUGUUUUAAUAUCCCCACAUAACUUUUCAUUUUUGGACUGUUUAUAUAUUCGUUGUUAAAUAUCUUUUGAUAUUAUUCUUGAAGUGAAUAUGUUAAGUUAGCUUUGCAAUUAUAACCUUCCAUAUUGUGUAAAAAAUAAAAAAAAUUGUAACAUUCA